ACUGAAAUUUUAGAUUUUCAUUAUAUUUAUCAAGUUCUUCUUUUUUCAGGAUUAGAUUUAUAUAUUUUCCAUAAACUAGAAUGACCUGAGUAUCAAAGUUGCGUUAACAGCUUCUUGAUUUAUCUGCUCCAAGAAAAGCAGCAGAAAAUUCGUGGUAGUAUGUGUUCAAAGUAAACUCGUCAACAAAAUUUCUCUGCCAAAUGCCGGGUGAGUAUUAGUUUUUGAAUCUAGGAGUUAUAAAGUUACAUUUUAAAUGCUCAUCAGCUGUUUGAUUGAAUGACUGAAAGAGAAAUCGAGGAAAUUUCAUGUACAUUACUAAUCUCUCAGCCCUGACUAGCUAAGUAGAGAUGGUUAGUAGAAUUUCAAGGCGUUGUUUUUGCUCUGUUAUUACUCCUCAACCAUGGUUGUUUGUUGGUCUUGGGAACCCUGGUGAUAAAUAUAAAACAACUAGACACAAUGUAGGGUUUCAAAUGAUGGAUGCAUUUGCUGAGUCGCAAGGAAUUCCGAUGGAUGAAAUUCAUUUUAAAGCUUUUUUUGGGAAAGGUUUUGUGGGGGGUGUUCCUGUUUUGCUUGCCAAACCACAAACUUAUAUGAAUUUGAGUGGUGAAAGUAUUGGACCUCUUGCUGCUUACUAUAAGCUCCCGCUUAACCGUGUCGUCGUGUUUCAUGAUGACAUGGAUUUGCCUUGUGGAGUUCUCCGUCUUAUUCCUAAGGGCGGUCAUGGAAGACAUAAUGGGCUAAAAAGUGUGAUUCAGCAUUUCCGAGGGAACACAGAGUUUGGUCGGUUAAGAAUUGGUAUCGGGAGGCCUCCUGGUCAGAUGGAUCCUAGAGCCUUCAUGCUCCAGAACUUUAAUGCUACGGCUCAGGGACGGAUCGAUGCUGCACUUGAAGAAGGGGUUGUUGCGCUGAAAGAACUUGUGGCCAAAGGUUUGACGGAGGCUGCAAGAUGUUUUAAUACACAGCAGAAGUACAAGCAUAUAAGGUUGCAGACAAUGCCGGUAUGAUAGUCAGAGCCUACAUAACAGCUAGAACAAACUUGCUUUCAGUUUCAACAUGGCUAUAAUGAAUAUGUACACAAGUUGGAUAAGCGACGCCGGUACAUUAAUUUCCAAAGUUUUGCUUGCACUUUGAGGUGUAGUCUUGUCCUUUAAAAAUGCUACUAUAUAGGGGUCGUUUGGCUGAGUUUAAAAUAAGUGCUUCUUGCUUAAAAUAAAAAAAUGAAGUAAAAGUUAGAAGUUAGUUAAGACUUAUAAGUGAUUAAAGUGUUUGGCAAAAAAGUAGAAGUCAUGAAACAAAAGUCAGGAAUCGUAGCUUUUUUUAAGUGCUUCUCGACUUUUUACACAAACGGUACGAAUAAGUGUUUCCAACUUAAAAGUCCAGAAACGGGGCUUAAAAGCCCAGCCAAACACCCACAUAGAUUGAUACUUCUUAGUUUAUUAAUUCUCAUAUUCACAAAUUUAUAUAUGAGUUUCAGUUAUUCGUAAAUAUGAUUCAAGUCGAAGGAACCUGUGCUCAAACGACAAGGUUAUGGAUUCAAACUUUUUCUUUUCGACAAUAUCUGUGUAAUGGCUGGGGUUUGUGGGUUUAAAUAUAUGAUCGGAUAAAGUAAUUUUCUUUUUCUCAAAUCUCAAAAAACCCUAGUUUUCUUUUUCUCUCUUCUCUCUAGCCGCCUCCUCCAUCUUUUCAUUCCCGACGGGGCUUCCAUCGGUUUUCCGGUGGAAAGCCCCAAAUCUUUCCGUUUGAUUGCUAGUUCUUUGAUUGUUUUUGCUUUUCAUUGAUUUUCUUAAUAAAUCUUCUUCUUUAAGGGGGAAAAUUUCUUAGAUCUAUAUCACCGAACUUUUGAUUUUCGUUCUUAUUCGCUUCCAGAAGGCUUUUUGGAUUUGUGGGUGGAUCGAUUAUCUCUACGUGUCGUGGUGCAGAUCUAAUUGCUUUAGUUUUUAGUUGGAUUUUCUCUAGUUUGUUUGGAUUAUAGUUUGAUUUCUCUCCCUGGUGAGAGUGUGUGAUUUUUCUCUCCUCUUUUGUGAGAGUUGGUUUGGAUUCAUCGAUAAAAGCCUUCGGGAAGUGCAUUUGUGGUUGAUAGCUCAAACGGAGUUUUUGAAAAAGAUGGUGAACACAGAGCAAGGAUCUAUACAUGUACCAUCGUCAAUUUCAACAUCGCUUAUUUGUCUCAUCUUGGCUAUGAAGACAGGCAUGUUAAUAUUUU